UUACCUUUUAUAUAUAUAUAUAUAUUAUUGAAAGUUAUGGUCGCUAAAAUAAAGGGUUGAUAAUUAUUGAAGAAGGGGGAUUUGGGAAAUGGAAGAAGAGGAUGAGUUGCUAGAGCCAGUGAGCCCUACUGCUCAAUGCUUCAAUACAUCUGCAUUGUCUAUUUCUGUUAUUGCUGUUGUGGAAUUUGAAAUUCCCAUUGAUGAAGCCAAAAUUAUGUGUUAUGCUAAGGAUUUUAUUCCUCUUAACCCCUUGUUUAGUUCUAUUAUGGUAAAUGAUAUAAAUGGAGAGAGGAAGUGGAAGAAAGUUGAAGUGAAAGUUGAAGAGCAAAUUGUUGUAGCUACUCCACCUUCAAAUUUGUCAAUUGAGCUCAACAAUGUAUAUUUCAAUGAAUAUAUAACCAAAUUGAGUGUAAAAGAGUUUGCCCAAAACAAACCAUUGUGGGAAAUUCAUAUACUAAAUUGUCCAACAAGUGAUGCAGCUGCUAAUUUAGUUCUCAAGUUUCAUCAUUCACUUGGAGAUGGGUAUUCUGUGAUGGGUCUUCUUCUUUCAAGCAUGAAAAGAGCAGAUAAUCCUUCUCUUCCUUUAACUUUUCCUUUUACUGGGAAAAUAAUUAAUUCAAACAAAUUCGGUCAAAUUUCAAGUGGUGUUUCUCAUUUUUUGUUGUCAUCUAUAAAUACUGUGUUGGAUUUUGGAUUGAGCUUAAUUAAAAGCAGUGUUCUUGAAGAUGAGUUGACACCUAUAAGAUCAGGUGGUGAUGGUGUGGAGUUUAAGCCAACUGAAAUAUGGACAAUCACUUUCUCUCUUCAUCAUAUCAAACAAAUCAAAUCCAAACUUAGAGUGACGGUGAACGAUGUGGUCGUAGGAAUGUUAUUUUUAGGAAUUCGAUUAUACAUGGAAGAGACUCGUCCGGAGUCGACCAAAUCCAACUCAACAGCAUUGGUUUUACUCAACACAAGGAUGUUUAGAACUUACAAAUGUAUGGAAGAUAUGUUGAAUCCCAAUUCAAAUACCCCAUGGGGGAAUCGGUUUGCGUUCUUGCAUAUUGACAUUCCCAAACUCACUGAUUUUAAUCUUUCAAAUCCACUCCAAUUGGUCGAAGCCGCACAAAAAUUGAUCAAGAGGAAGAAAGACUCUUCUGCUGUUUUCCUUGUUGACAAGCUAAUGCAGAUGAUACACAAGUUCAGGGGCUCAGAGGUAGCUUCCAAAUAUGUGUACAAGACGAUAAAGAACUCAAGCUUAAGCAUAUCAAAUUUGAUCGGGCCAAAGGAGAAGAUGGCUUUGACUGGUCACCCGGCAAAAGGAAUGUACUUUACCGUCGUUGGUAUACCUCAGAGUUUGAAGAUAUCGGUUAUAAGCUAUAUGGAAAAUUUGAGAAUUGCUUUUGGAGGUGAGAAAGAAUUCAUAGAUCAAGAGAAACUCACAUCUUGUAUGAAAAAGGCUUUUGACUAUAUACACAAGGCUUCCAUAGACGUUUCCAUUGGAUCUUUUCUGUUCUACUUUUGGCAUAAUAUGGAGUUUAAGAAAGAAGAAGAAGAAGAAGAUGAUGAGUUGUUAGAGCCAGUGAGCCCUACUGCUCAAUGCUUCAACUCAUCUUCAUUGUCUAUUUCUGUCAUUGUUGUGUUGGAAUUUGAAAUUCCUAUUGAUGAAGCUAAAAUUAUGUGUUAUGCUAAGGAUCUCAUUCCUCUCAACCCCUUGUUUAGUUCUAUUAUGGUGGAGGAUAGAAACGGAGAGAGAAAAUGGAAGAAAGUUGAAGUGAAUCUUGAAGAACAUAUCUUAGUGCCAACUUUCCCCUCAAGUUUGUCAGUAGUUGAUGAUGAUAACAUCAAUAAUUAUGAUGCAUAUUUCAAUAAAUAUAUUACAAAUUUGGGUGCCCAAGAGUUAGCCAAAAACAAACCCUUGUGGGAAAUUCAUAUCAUAAAGUAUCCAACAAGUAAUGCAGCUGCUAAUUUAAUUCUCAAGUUUCACCAUUCACUUGGAGAUGGCUAUUCUAUGAUGGGCCUUCUUAUUUCAAGCAUGAAAAGGGCAGAUAACCCUUCUCUUCCCUUAACUUUUCCUUCAAGGAAAAUUAAUUCAGAUGAUCAUAAUUAUAAUAAAAAUUCAAGGCAUCAUGUUCUAAAUUGUGUGCCUCAAUUUUUGUUGUCAUCUAUGAAUAGUGUUUUAGAUUUUGGAUGGAGCAUUAUCAAAAGCAGUGUUCUUGAAGAUGAUCUGACACCUAUAAGAUCUGGUGGUGAUGGUGUGGAGUUUAGGCCAGUCGAAAUAUGUACAAUCUCAUUCUCUCUUCAUCAAAUCAAACAAAUCAAAUCCAAACUUAGAGUGACAAUCAAUGAUGUAAUCUCAGGAAUAGUAUUUAUGGGAAUUCGAUUAUACAUGCAUGAGACUUGUCCCGACUCAACCCAAUCCAACGUAACAACAAUUGUUUUACUCAACACAAGGAUGUUUGGAGAUUACAAGUCCAUAGAAGAUAUGUUAAAACCCAAUUCAAAUGCCCCAUGGGGGAAUCGCAUUGCCCUGCUGCUUAUUGACAUUCCCAAACUCACUGAUUACGAGCUUUCAAACCCAAUCCAAUUCAUCAAAGCCGCACAAAAAUUGAUCAAGAGGAAGAGAUAUUCUUAUGCUAUUUUUCUCCUUGACAAGCUCAUGGAGAUGGUGCAAAAACUUAAAGGCCCAGAGGCAGCAGCCAAAUGUGUGUACAAGAUGGCCAGAAAUUCAAGCUUAAGCAUAUCAAAUAUGAUCGGACCAAAGGAGAAGAUGGCUCUGCUUGGCCACCCGGCAAAAGGAAUCUACUUCACCAUUUUUGGUAUACCUCGGGACGUUGACAUAGACAUGAACGAGUUUGAUGAUAACAGUGGUAAGUUACAUGGAAGAUUUGAGGAUUGCUUUUGGGAGUGAGAAAGAAUUUAUAGAUCAAGAGAAACUCACAUCUUGUAUGAAAAAAGCUUUCGAGCAUAUGUAUAAGGCAGCUUCCGUUGAUGUUUCCAUUUAAAAAUUGUAUUUCAAUCCAACAUUGAGGGAAUCGUUAUGAAUACAGUACAAAAAAGCAAAACUAUUUACAAAAUUAUAGCAAAAAAAUUUAAAUAAACUAAAGAGAGUUCGAUGAGUUAUUAUUAUUA